CUCUACCUCUUGCAACUACAAUCUGCGAAAUGAUAUUUUUAUAUAUGAGUUAUUGCGAUCAAUUGGGAGGAGAGUGAAAGAAAUCAAUUGUGAGAAAUUGUGAACGGCAUGGAGAGGAAGAGGAAAAAACAUAUUGGGGAGAUACCAUGGAUUAGAGAGAUUUUGACUUCAAAACCACUCAAGUCAUAAGAACGAUGCAAUGGUGAAUAUCUCAAGCACAAGGGGCAAUAGGAAGAAAUGGUUGUUGGCGGGAACUGCAUUGUUUUUGCGCCUGGCUUCGCAAUCGAGACCGUGGUUGCCUUCCUUGAAAGUAUUGGCAAAGAGACCUGCAGGGUACUUGCCAUAGAGGUUUAUGUAACUGAACAUGGUUUGCGCACAGUUCGUGCUGGCAUCGUUGAUCUCGUUGGUAUAAGGGCAAGCAAACAGCUUCAGUGCAUUACAACAUUGGUCUUUCGGGUACAAUGGCCCUUUGCAUUGCGUCGUCAAGAUAGUGUAGUCCAUAUCUUGAAAGCUCACAUUGCAGGCUGCACCAAUUCAAAUUAUCAUGUUCCUCUUUUAUCAAAAUUGUUAUUGAUUUUCACAAGUAAAAGUAUUGUG